AAAAUAGGAAAGCUGCGGACGGCCCGCCGCCCUGUGCGUUCACAGUGGAGGGUCGCGGGGCGUAAGGACGCUGCCCAGGAGCGGGCAGGCCCAGCAGGCUGCGGCCCGGCCGGGCAGAGAACCCGAAGGCGCGCGGGGGUGGGCGCUGCAGCCGCGGGUUGUUUAUCUGGAGUACGGAGGGGAGGGGGGAGCCUGGAAACCGCCCCGUGUCCCAUUUCCUCCUCUUGUUUUCGCUCCGGAUUCUCCAUGUUGGACCCAAACUGAGGAGCCCGGAGCUGCCACCGGGGGAUCGGGGCCGAGGGCACCCGGGCGGGGGGGGGGAGCUGCUGCUGCCCGGGCCUCCCGCCCUCCGGUACAGGCCGCCUCCCUUCCCGGCCCGGGGAGGAAGCGGAGGGCUGGGGGGAGGGAUGUGAACAGCUGUGGGAGUCGGAGUCGCGAGAGCGGGAGCCGGAGCGGGCCCCCGCCCAGGCCCCCCAGCCCAGCCCAGCUCAGCCUGCGCGCCCGCCGGUCCUCGCGCCCCGCCAGCCCGGGCCCGCGGGAUUGUUAGAUGGAACACGGCUCCAUCAUCACCCAGGCGCGGAGGGAAGACGCCCUGGUCCUCACCAAGCAAGGCCUGGUCUCCAAGUCCUCUCCUAAGAAGCCUCGUGGACGCAACAUCUUCAAGGCCCUUUUCUGCUGUUUUCGUGCCCAGCAUGUUGGCCAGUCAAGCUCCUCCACUGAGCUCACAGCAUACAAGGAGGAAGCCAACACCAUUGCUAAGUCGGAUCUCCUCCAGUGUCUCCAGUACCAGUUUUAUCAGAUCCCAGGGACCUGCCUCCUCCCAGAGGUGACAGAAGAAGAUCAAGGAAGGAUCUGUGUGGUCAUCGACCUGGAUGAAACCCUUGUGCAUAGCUCCUUUAAGCCCAUCAGCAAUGCUGACUUCAUAGUGCCUGUAGAGAUUGAGGGGACCACUCACCAGGUGUACGUGCUCAAAAGGCCUUACGUGGAUGAGUUCCUGAGGCGGAUGGGGGAGCUCUUCGAAUGUGUUCUCUUCACUGCCAGCCUGGCCAAGUACGCCGACCCUGUCACGGACCUGCUGGACCGCUGCGGGGUCUUCCGGGCCCGCCUCUUCCGUGAAUCCUGUGUCUUCCACCAGGGCUGCUACGUCAAGGACCUCAGCCGCCUUGGGAGGGACCUGCGAAAAACCCUCAUCCUGGACAACUCUCCCGCCUCCUACAUCUUCCACCCGGAGAACGCGGUGCCGGUACAGUCCUGGUUUGAUGACAUGGCCGACACUGAGUUGCUGAACCUCAUCCCAAUUUUUGAGGAGCUGAGUGGAGCGGAGGACGUCUACACCAGCCUCGGGCAGCUGCGGGCUCCGUAGCCGCCUGUUUUCCUGGCAAUGGCCACCCCAGGAGGGGCCUCACCCACAUCGUGCCUUUACCACCAGCCUGACAGACAGCCGCCACUGGAGUGCCAGCGGGCGGAGCGCAAAUGACAGGGAGGAGCCUUGGGGCAGGUCAGACAGCAGCAAAGGCGCCCGAGCCCAGCCAGCAGAGCCAGCCAUCUGCUCCCCAAGGAGCGAGCCCAUCAGCCAGGGCUGCCGGGUGGGCUGUGUUGAGGGGCAGGGGAGAAGCUGAAAGAUUGCGACUCUCCCCAAGGUAGUCGGUCUCCUUUGUGUCACCCUGGGAGCCCCUGGGCUCCACGGGCUGAACACGUGCAGGCUCUGUUGCCCAAGCCCGGCCUUCUCUCAGUGUUGGUGCCGGUGCCAAGGAGGAAGGAGGGCGGGGGCCGCCCACCCUGACACCCUUCCAGCCAGCUGCUGCAGAUGCAAAGAUGCAAGUUUAGUGCCCAUUUCCAGACCCCAUGGCCCCGGGCUGCACUCCCCUCAGCCUGAGCCCUCUCUUAGCCUCCCUUGUGGCUCUGGCCAAGCCUGCCUUCCUCACACCCAGCCUCAGGCUUGACCCUGAGGGCCAGGCCAUUCCCGGGCUGCCCUGGGAGGGAACAGAGCCUACUUCCAUUCCUCUGACACUUGUUUUUAAAUUCUCUUUCUCAGUGCGGAGUUUGGGGCCUAGUUUGUUCCUGGUGAAGCCUCAGCUCUACGCUGGAGGUGAUGGGGGGCAGGGGAGGCAGCAGCAUGGGGGAGCAGGGAGCAGAGACAGCCACUUAGCCUGUGACCCGUCAGACAUAUCCCAGUUCACUCUUCGGGGACUGUGCGGGUGCUGGUACAGAACGUUCAGUGCAUGGGCAGAGGACAGCGAGCAGGCCACCUGCUUCCCAGGCAGGGCCGUUUCCUGUUGUGUCUCCCCCAGCUCGGGCCGUCCCCGGCGAGCUCUGUUCCAACUGCAUCCUUCCUGCCUGCCGCUUUUCCUCUCCAAGGCCUCAGAACUCCUGCCUCUCCUUUCAGUUUGCAAACCCAAUUUCCAGGGGCCCGCCUCCUGGAGCAAACCCCUCCUGCACCUGCUCCCAGGGUAUCUCCUGCUCUCUGUGGUUCUUACUAGUGAGUGCUGUAAAGAAACAGUCACCAAGUAGAAGUAUCCCCCUCUCUACUCCCGCCCCCAGCGUCACUGCCUUAAUUGGGGCCUCCCCGGGGCCGGGUGGGGCUCUCACCUCUCUUCCUUUCCUCUGCCCUGGGGUAGGAGGGAAGCUGCCAUCCUAUCUGUUCCCUGUAGGCAGGUGUCACAAAGCCGUUGUGAAUUGCUCCAGGGGUGGGGACGCCACCCACUCAGGACUUGCUCCCUUGUCCUUCACAGUGGCCACCCACUGAGUCCAGCCUCAGGAACUAGCUAGCAUCACAGGAAUCCAGAGGUGGAGUAGCAGCCUGGCAUUCCGAGAGUGGCUGGCCAACUGGCAGCUCACCCACUCGCCCUCAGCGCUGUGGUCCCACCCUCUCUCCUCCCAGGUCUCUGGUUGCUCAGAAGUGAAACUCUCUUCACAGUCAUGUGAUCGUUUCCCCAGCACCCCUCAUGCCCGUGGCUGGGACAGGAACUUUUUUCCUAAAAAGCAGAGGAGUGGAGGCCCCCUGGCCGGCUGUGACCUCAGUUCCCGGCUCCGGCCAAGGUCAUAAUCCUGCCACUGCAGGAGAUGCCUCUCUCUGCAGGUCAGCACCUGGCCGAACAUUCAGCCAUCUCGGCCCAGCCAAGUUCUUCUGACUAAAUAAGCAAUAAGAGGCUUGAGGCUGGCCCGGUGCCCAAGGCCCUUGUGCCACCUCUGGAUCUCCGUGGUGGUCCAGGUGCAGGGAGUGGCCUCUGCCACCCACUGUCCUAUAAGGCUUGCCCAAGCGCUUGGGGCAUGACCUGGGCCCAAAGGCUUGGUAGGGACCCUGCUCCCCCCCACUCUCCUUCCCCCCAGAAGCAGCUUAGCCAAAUGUAAACUGGGGCCACCCAUGUGGACCAGAGCCAGCCUCCAGUCGGUGUUUGCUCUCCGGUUUCCGAUUUCCCAGUGUGUUAGGGGCACUUGACCAUGGCAGAACUUGCUCCCUAAAGGAAACAGUUCAGACUAGGUUUACAGGACAAGACUUGGGGCAGGGGGUCCGUUCUGGGACUCCCACCAGCCUUUCCUGCUUGAUACUUGGCUUUUGGGAGUCAGUCUCCUGCAUCGGCGCUCACCCCCACCCGAGCCUGGUCAGCACCCAGUGAAGUCAUGCCAGGAAUCUGCCCCCUGCCAGGUUCAGUUCUUUAAGGUGCCUCUUCGGGGACACAGUGUGUCUCUCUGUUUGGGCUUCUGAAUUACAAGCCUGAUGUUCGUGUCCCUCUCAUAGGGGGAGCCUUGGACACAGGACCAGUUUGGAAAAGGGUCAGGUGUGGGUUUCCACUCUGCACAUUGUAGAGGGAACCCCCUGUGCGCCCACGGGUCCCUUCCCAGAGAGAUGGAGUGCGCUGGCUGUCGUGUAGCCUGCGAUCCUCUGUGGCGCACGCCCUGCCUCUCAGAGCUGUUGACCAUUUUAUCAGCGUGUGAGCUUACCCCGUUCCAGUGGCCCCAGGGGAGUGUGAGGACAAGCGGUCAUUCCCCAGGAGGUGACCCCAUGUACUCGUGUAGCCAGUCGCCCCUGCCUGCUCCCGAGGCCGCACGCAGCAGGCAGUCCUCACGGGAGACUGGACCAAGUCCCAAGUGGAGGAGGGAGGUUGGCCUGUCCCCUCUCCCGGGCUUCAGUUGGUUACCUGCCCACUCAAGUCACCUCUGUAUAAAAUGGGCUUUUGUUUUGUCUUUGUGUUUCUUUCUCAAAUGCCAGUGAAGGUCAGGUCCAGCCCCUGCCCCAGGCCUUGACCAGGGCAGGGUGAUGACCCCAAGUCUGCCAUGUCCCACCUUGCCCGCUUCAUGUCCCCUUCAUGAUGCCAUGGGAGGGUAGGGAGUCUGCCACCCACUGUGCCUGGGCCAUGGGGUUCUUGCUCCCUUGCUUCCUGAUUUGAUAAAUUUGUUGUAUUCAAAAACUUGAAAUGUAGGACGCCAUUAAGUGUCUGUCUAUAUUUUUGGAAGAUUUGUAUUACUUACAACUAAUUAAUAAAAGCAGGUUUUUAAAACCUA